AUGUCCGCCGACUACCAGGCCUACAGCCCAUACCAGGGUGGCACCGCCGACGGACUGCGGGAUGGCCGGGGCCGAUGCACCUUCGCUAACAAAUUCUUCAGCUACGACGGCGAGUGGUACAAAGGCGCGAUGCACGGCAACGGAACACUCUGUCUUGCCGAUGGCUCCGAGUACACCGGCUCGUUCCAGCAAGGCGAAAUGACCGGAGUCGGACUGCGGCGGUGGGCGAGCGGCGCCACGUACUCUGGCGACUUUGUUGGAGGCGAGAUGCACGGCAAGGGCACCCUGGUCGCGAGCGACGGUUCUCAGUACACGGGCAGCUUUCAGGAAAACUGCAGGCAGGGCCCAGGUCUGCACAUCUCCGCCGCUGGCGACCGCUACGAGGGGACGUGGCACGCGAAUGCGAGAGAUGGGGUCGGAACGCUGUGCACCGUCGCUGACGGCUCUGUUUACAGGGGCGAGUGGUCCCAGGGCGUGCGGGAGGGCGAGGGCGAGACGGAGUGGGCCCGGGCCAUUUAUCGGGGCACCUUCAAAGCCGAUCUACCCGACGGGGCGGGAGAGUAUCGGAGCCCCGGGUCCUACUGCUACUGCGGUUCCUUC